CUUGUUAUCAUAGAUUUGAUAUUGAUAUAUAACAACAUUACAUAUUAAACAUAUUUAAUAUGAUGUCAAAGUUCAGAUUGUUUGUAUGAUGGCUAUGAAACAGAAUGUCCAAAUACAGAAAGAGCAAAGAUGGGGACGAUGGAUUGGUUGUACUGAUACAAGAUGAUAAUGUUAUCGGAUAUCAACUUCCUGUGUGGAGGAAAAUAUGCUUCGCCAUAGGUGGAGUACCAUACCAAAUGACAAACGCUGUGGUCAGCUUCUUUUUCAGUAUCUUUCUCCUUGAAGUAGCAGAGAUCAGGCCAACUUAUGCUUCUAUUAUCGUCUUUGGAGGAAGAGUCUGGGAUGCUUUUACCGAUCCUAUGUGUGGCUUUCUUGUCAGCAGAACGAACACUCGCUUUGGAAAAUUUAGACCCUGGAUAUUGUUUUCUGCACCAUUUGCUUGUAUAACCUACUUCUUACUGUGGUACGUACCAGACUUUUCAGAAGAGGGUAAACUAGGAUGGUACUUUGUUUUCUAUUGUUUAUUCCAGUGUCUGAUGUCUGGUCUUCAUGUACCAUACACAUCACUGACCAUGGUGAUCAGUAAUAAUCAAAAGGACAGAGACUCGGCUACAGCUUACAGAAUGGGUGCUGAAGCCAUAGGUGUAUUAGCUGCCUCUGUCAUACAAGGUGCGUUUGUGAACAAGUAUCGCAUAGCUGGUGAAUGUGAUGAGGACAGCAAAAUAACUGCCGAGGAACUUAAAAAUCAAAAAUGGUCUUACAACAUGGGUGCAGUUGUUAUGAUUAGUGUGUACAUGUUAUCGUCUAUCAUAGUGUUCUUGGGUACCAAGGAGAGAAUAGGUGUAAUUAGUGAAGGCCAUGGAGGAUUUUGGAAAGGUUUAAAACUGACACUUUCUUUUAGACCAUAUAAACUUUUAUCGUUUUCUUUCUUGUUCUUAUCAUUAGGAAUAUCAAUUGUGCAAGGUAAUCUCGCUCUGUUCUGCACACAUAGUUUAGAUUUAGGAGAACACUUCUCAACAUUCAUCACUAUAUUGUUGGUAUCUGCAAUUUUAUUCAUCCCCAUUUGGCAAAUUGCAUUAGUAAAAAUAGGCAAAAAGAGGUCCUUUGCAAUAGGAAUGAUUAUAUUCAUUCCAGUUCUGAUAUCACAGCUGUAUAUACCAGGGAAUGUUUAUGCGUACUAUCCUGUACUAGUAUUGGCUGGCAUAAGUGUCGCUGUUGCUUUAUUACUUCCAUGGUCUAUGUUGCCCGACGUGUUGGAUGAAUUCAUGCUCCAGACAGGAACAAGGCAGGACGCCAUUUUUUAUUCUUUUUAUGUAUUCUUUAGUAAAUUAGCCGUAGGUGUAGGCCUUGGAUUUUCUCAGCUCGCAUUAGGUGUUGGAGGCUAUAAAACAGGGGAGUGUGAUCAACCAGCAUCGGUCGGACAGGCUUUACGAUACUUGGUAGUACCAGGUCCUGUUGUGUUCACGCUUAUAGCUCUACUGAUUUUAUGGCGAUACCCUAUUGAUGAAAACAGAAGAAAACAAAUUAAAAGAGAGCUUGAACAAUUAAAAACAGAUCGAAAACCUAAGGAAGUGGAUCAAGUAGAAGAUCCUCCCCCUCCAGAUGAGAUGUGUCAAUCAUCACGUAGUUAUCAAAAUAUUGGAGAAAAUCUCACCGCGGAUAGUUGAUCUUCAUAACUUUAACAUCUAGAACAUUUUACUUGGAGGCCUAAACUUUUUAACACGAAGGCGUACUCUGAUUCUCUAAUUUAAAAGAAAAACACCUUGUAAAUUAUUUGAUUAUGUCUUGGGUUUUUUCAAACGUCGUUAUCAAAUUAAUAGAACAGUAUGGGACUGUCAUACGAGUGAGUGGUUUAGCUAGCUAUGAAAACCAGAUUUAAUCCAAUAUUUUCUACAUACGAAAACGCCUGUACACUGUCAGUAAUGACAGUUGUUAUCUAUUCGUUUGAUGUGUUUGAGCUUUUGAUUUUGCCAUUUGAUUACGGACUUUCCGCUUUGAAUUUUCCUCGGAGUUGAGUAUUUUUGUUUUAAUUUUCUCUCCUGAACUGCGAAAGCCAAAUUCAUCAAUAUUAAACUUGACCUACAUUUUGUCCUCUGUUAAAACAUAAUAACAUAAAACUUUUAAUUGUCAAAAUAUUUUUUGCACUAAUUUUUAAAGGAAAGUUUGGACAAGUUGAAUGCAAAGUGAACCUUAAAUUAACAUUGCAUGAUGAAAUUUCUAUUUAAUAUUUCAAAAUGAAAAAACUUCAAAGUUUUUGGUAAAAGGAAGGCUACAUUGUUUAAACUGACAAAUACACAAAUCAAAUUUUAAAACUUAUGACAUUGCCAACCUCAGACAUAUAUGCAUAUGUUUUGUAAGACUAAAUAACAUAUAUAUCAUAAAUUCAUUGUUUGCUUUUGUUUUAUGUUUAUGUACAUUGUAUCAUAAUUGU